AUGUUUCCUGUUCGGGUAGCCGUGGAAACAGUGCGAGCUCAACAUUGUUUAACCUGCGCACACGACGGUCACGUUCUCGUCGAUACAUACGCUAUUGUAUCCGGCACGACAUCACUCAAUCAGCUUGUCGAAACGGUUUUAUCAGCUCUUGGGCACCCGAAUCUUGCAGCCAACGCCAGAGGCAUGGUACAAGUCAACAAUUGGAAGGCAUUGCCGUUUGAUCAGAUUACAGACAAUCAAGAAGAAACCGUUCAUAACCUGUUUAAAGACAUUUCAUCCCAUAUAACACUGCGAAUUUUGACAAAACCGACGACCGACUCAGCAAGCACACAAUGUAUCAACGAAUUAAAACAGAAGCUCCUGAAAACUGCCGUAAACAAGAAUCCAAAUAUACUUAAUACGGUGGAUAAUCAACAAAUAAAAGAUCUUAUAAAUCAAAUCAUUGCUGGCGAUGAUCCAGCUCUUUUGAAUCAUGAUCAAAUCAACGCCAUCAAUGAAUGGCUGGACACUUUGGAUAAUGGAUUAGAGAGGCGCAGCCCGAUCGCUGGGAAUCGCUUCAAUCAGCUAUUCGAGAUUCCGAGGCUCGAGAAAUGGUUUAAAAACAAUCCCAACCCAAGCAAACAACAAAUGAACAAUUAUUUGGCUCAACUCAACGCGAGUCCUUACAGAAAAAACAAUUCUAAAAUAACAUAUCAACAAAUUUGCAAUUGGUUCAGUCAGCAACGCGCUAAUGGAAGAAAACCGGCUGCUGCACCAAUCCCAUCUGCAACUCAUCUCGCCACAGCUUCACUCCUGAAUCCAGCAUUACAAAUGAACUGGAUGAAUCUUCUAAAUGAAUACGGAAGACCUAAAAUUGAUUUUUCAAACUUCUUGAUGGAUCAAAAGCAUACUCUGAAUAACCUUUUGACUGAUGAAAGCCGCAUUGACGGAGGAUCCGAUUCGCCAUCUCCCGCCGACGAUGAGAUGCACAGCAACUCCGAUGAGGCUAACACGGAUACCUACGCGAUCAGUAAGCAGGAAGUCGAGGAAAGCUCAGCCUCAUCUCCAGACAUGUCUGCGUCAGUUCGCGAAUCUCUCGCCUCUUCGUCUCCAAAAAUGUUGAACAUGGACUUUGGCGGUACAUCUGUAUCAACAAAUCAGUCAUCAACUAAUUCGAAUGUCAGCUCAUCGGCACGUUCGCGACUGAUGUUUGAUCCACUUAGCGAACUUCCUGUACUCGAAAAAUGGUUUGAAGAGAACCCACACCCUACAUGGAUGCAGAUUGAUCAAUACACGCAGUGUCUGAACAGUUGCCCGUAUCGUGAAAACUAUCCACAUAUCAGUCAGCAUAACGUCAAGGUACGUUGCUUAUGA